AUUCAUCCAGGAUCCAUUCGCGUUUACUCUGCCGCUUCGCAAAUUGGGACCACAAAGAGUGCCUUGUCAAGGAACCGUCAGUGUCAUUCGCUGUCUAUUUAUCUACCCAGACGGUUUGACCAUAACUAUAAUGCCUAAUCGUACUCUUAUGAACUUCUACAAGCUCCAAAUCAUUUCAUAGAGUUUCAAAGCUGCAGCAACAGACGAAGAAAAUAGAGAACUUACAGUACCUCCUCCACGAUGGCGAUUUUAACUAGAUGUUGCUGCUUUAAAAAUGUCAGGAGUGGCUCUACAGCUAGUGGUGUAUAUUCAUUGAUCUACUGCUUCGUAAGCGUGGGGAUCCUGCUAUGGGAGUUCGUCGGCUACAUCGAGAUGUCGUCAUUUACGGGUGCGUGUUCAAUGUGUGAUGAACUUAAUACUAGUGUCCCUACAAAUACCUCCAUGAUGAACGGUGAACAUGGAGCUGCGAGACAGGGGCUUUACGCUGCGUACAGUAUUGACCUAGUGGCACUCACCUUUCUUUUCAUCGCUUCCAUUAUACUCCUAGUGGGCGUGGCUAAGAAUUCCAAGUGCAUGUUGAUUCCCUACAUGAUAGCGGUUCCCUUUCUCAUCGUUCUUCAGCUUAUCUCAUGGAUAAUCGUCUUUGUUUUCAUGGGAAUGGGAGAAGUUGAAGAUUACGGAAUCGAUAUCGCACAAUGUGUUGUUUGGUUCAUUGUGACGGCACCCAAGAUUUUGUGUCUUCUUUGCGUGAUAUCACAGUACCAGGAGCUUAAAGAAGGGCGUGGUCGACCGUAUAACAUGGUAUAACCAUGGCAACACAUCAAGCAACCUCAUUUAUAGAGCCAUACUAAUAGCAAAGGCACUUCUGUUGGGAAAAAAAAACUUGAUGAUAGUUAAAUUGCGGCUGUAUAUUAAUUUGGUUAACCGAUGAGAUUUUAUGAAACGACAUGAUCGUUGCCUGAAACAGCAAGAUGACCAAGAAUGUUGUUUAAGAAAAUUUAAACGGAGGAAAUUUCGGAAUUACCGUAGAGUUAGGAUACCAAUGGAUUGAACCAGCAGAUGACGAAAUGGAUCCCGUUGAUAUUGGUUGCACACACGAACGUGACUUGGCCUAACCAUGCUAACGUGUAGGUUUACAGGGAGUUUAGACGGUAGGCUAGUUGCCGGUGAUGGGCGGUUAUUAAUAAAGUAUAAUAACCGGUCAUGAUAUUGAGAUGAGGAUGGUUUAUAAAAUAACAAGGGGCCGCAUCCGACUAUUUCAUAAAUCAUAUUGUAUAAUACACAGCAGUUUGCUGAGGCAUUUAUCUAGUCUCAUGACCUUUUUAGUGGCUCAAAUGUGUUGGAAGUGUUCUAAAAUUACAUGUGUGUAUAGUUCUGUCUAAUGCUCUCAAUAAUAUGCGUUAUUUGUAUACUAUGUUAUGUAGUUGGACAGACAUUGGACAAAAAAGUAUGUAUAUAACAUAUAUGUUAACACAGAGAAGAAAAUAAGCAAAUGAAAAUAUAUGUAGUUCCGAGAGAUACAUUGCCACGAUGAAAUAACCCGUCAGGCCGGCAAAUCUAGGGUGAGCGCCAGAAAUGCGACCAUGACGCAGGUAUUAUAUCUGUAGAUGUAUCUCAACCAAGGUUAUCAUUGCAUAAAUGCCGAUGUGUAUCGAAAAAAAAAUAUACCUAACGAAUGAUGUACCAAUGCAAAACACAUUGGGUGGGGGUCAUUAUUUGUUUUUUAAAUGUUAUCAUGUCUCAUAUUUUAAAACAGGACCCUGAAUAUUGACGAUUUUUAUGAUAUUUUAUUUCGUCGUUUCAGUUAAACCCAAUGUCUUCGAAUAUACCUCCCAUAGUCGAUUU